AUGAGAAUCACGGUAAUGACAGCAGAUGAACAGAUCAUAUCUCUUGAAGUUGAUCCUCAUGAAUCUGUUGAGAAUGUGAAAGCUUUACUUGAAGUAGAGACACAGGUGCCACUCCAGCAGCAGCAGCUGCUAUAUAAUGGGACGGAGAUGAGGAAUAAUGAUAAAUUAAGUGCAUUGGGUGUCAAGGAUGAGGAUUUGGUCAUGAUGGUCUCUAAUGCUGCUGCUAUUAGUGCCCCCUCCAAUAACUUGGGCUUCAAUCCUGAUGGAUCUGCUGUGAACCCUGGAGCUUUCCAGCAGCACCUUCGAGGUGAUUCUAAUACAAUGGCUCAACUAUUCCAGGCUGAUCCUGAACUUGCCCAAGCUAUUCUUGGAAAUGAUCUCAACAAACUUCAGGACCUUCUUAGGCAACGCCAUCGCCAAAGAUCUGAAUUACGACGUCAACAAGAAGAGGAAUUUGCUCUGCUUGAAGCAGAUCCCUUUGAUGUCGAGGCACAGAAGAAAAUUGAAGCUGCCAUUCGUCAGAAAGGAAUUGAUGAGAAUUGGGCAGCAGCCUUGGAAUACAACCCUGAAGCUUUUGCCAGGGUGGUUAUGUUGUAUGUUGACAUGGAGGUUAAUGGUGAACCUUUAAAGGCAUUCGUUGAUAGUGGUGCUCAGUCCACAAUAAUUUCAAAAAGCUGUGCUGAGCGAUGUGGAUUGUUGAGACUUCUAGAUCAACGUUAUAAAGGCAUUGCUCAUGGAGUUGGACAGUCAGAGAUAUUGGGUCGUAUUCAUGUAGCUCCAAUCAAGAUUGGGAAUAUAUUUUAUCCUUGUUCCUUCAUGGUAUUGGAUUCUCCUAACAUGGAAUUCCUCUUUGGGCUUGAUAUGCUGCGCAAGCACCAGUGUAUUAUUGAUCUAAAGGAGAAUGUUUUGAGAAUGGGUGGUGGGGAAGUUUCUGUACCAUUUUUGCAAGAAAAAGACAUUCCGUCUCGUUUUCUUGAUGAAGGAAGGUAUUCAAAAGAAGCAUCCAGCUCAGGGAACCCAGUGACAUCAGGAACAACAGAGAAAAAGAAUGAUCCACCAGCCGGAGGUCAAUCUUCUGGAGUUGCACGCGGUGGUGCUACACAGGGACCUGACUUUGAAGCCAAAGUUGCAAAGCUUGUUGAGCUAGGGUUUGGAAGAGAGGCAGUUGUACAAGCUCUUAGAUUAUUUAAUGGAAAUGAAGAACAGGCUGCUGGGUUUCUUUUCGGUGGCUGA